AUGGAAGGCGUUGCAUGGAUCGCUGUUUGUCAAUUUGAUGGUUGGGUUGAAGACGGUUUUGUUCUAGAUUGGAUCAUUGAUAUUUAUAUGAACCGACCAACUGGUAAUUCAUCUUCUUGGCUUUCCUACUACACUAAUGCAACUGGGACAAAUGAAAAUGGUACAAUUAGUUCUUUUACAAUGGAUCUUGUAGAACCAAAUGUUGCUUUGAUGCAUGAUCGUAUUGAUUUUGAUGUUAGUGAUUUGUCAUUAGAAAAAGAUUCUUCACCUGAGAUGCUAGAAGCAUCACCUAGAAUGCUAGAAGCAUUACUUGAAAUGCUAGUAGAACUAUCUGAAAUGCUACAAGCAUCACCUGGAAUGCUACAAGCAUCACCUGGAAUGCUACAAGCAUCAACAGGGAUACUGGAAGCAUCACUGGGGAUGCUAGUCGCUUCACCUGUGAUGCUAGUAGCAUCGCCUGGAAUGCGAUUAUCAGCACCUGGGAUGCUGGUAGCAUUACCUGGGAUGCUACUGGCCAAAAAUGGGAAAAGUAUAAGUGCUUCAACAGGUAGACAAUGA